CAUUUUCAUCAGCAAUGAAGUGGUUAUCGUUGUUCUUCGUUUUUGGUCUGCUCGCCUUGAUCGGUAGCAUGGGUUCGUUAGCCGCUGCCGAGCCACAUCCUGAGCCUCGUGGACGUCCGGCCACUACCUCACGUCGUCCGCCCACUACAGAUACCAAUGAAGCCGGUGAACGACGCUAGCUGCCGGAGGAUGUGGAUGACGAUGAGAGUGCAGCUAGAUCGGAGUAUUUCGAUCGAAAGGAGCCCUAUAAACCUAAACCGAUGAAGUGUGCAACGCCAUUGAAAAGGGGUCGUCGUAAAAUAGUUGUACAAUGUUAUGGUGAUGAGAAGUUGCAAUAUGU